AUGCAAGCUUCCGGAAACGCGAAACCGUCGCCUGAUCGUGAAAUGCAAUUUAAAACGUCACCGUCAAAAAAAGUGCAUUCAAAGCGAAAACGAAAGAAGGCGAAAGACAAGAAACAACCAAAAGACGAAAGUAGUUCUGUGACAAAAAGCACUGCCGGUGUGAGCGAUAGCACUGAUGCUGAAUUCCUGUCAGUGUGUGGCUACGAAUCUGAAACCGAUUUACGAACUGCUGUGGAAAAAAUGCCCAGCAAUGAGCAAUCGCCACGCAAACCCUAA